GGUUGAUCUGGAUUACAUCAACAGUCACACCCUCCUGACUUUAUGAACAUAGCAGAACAGGUGUUUGUAAUUCAUUAGCUAAACUGAGCUCAGCACAGACAGAAAUUACACCGAGGCUGCUUCUCAACGUGUUUCUUGUCUGUUUCAGUUGCAGCAAGCUGGCCUAGUGCUCCCAAGGGAUCUUCAUUGGCACAAUGACUAGCCGUUCCCGAGACUUCACCAGGCUCAGUAGCCGGUCCCUGACUUCUCCAGGAGCAUCCUAUAAUGUGAGGAGAGGGCGAUCCUGUUCUCCUUCCUCAAGGUAUGGGGCCUGCUGCAGCCCCACCAUGGGGGAACCUGCCAGAAGGAACUUCAGUUCUUCGAGCUUGACUGGGUAUGGCCACCAUGCUUACCCCAAAGUUACCGUCAACCAGCGGCUCUUGACACCGCUACACCUGGAAAUUGAUCCCGCCUUCCAGGCAAUCAGGAACAAGGAGAAAGAGGAGAUCAAGACACUCAAUAACCAAUUUGCCUCCUUAAUUGGCAAGGUCCAGAAUCUGGAGCAGCACAACCAAGUCUUGCUCACCAGGUGGAACUUUUUGAGAGAACAAGACAACUCCCUUUCUGAUUUGGACAUCAAACUCCUCUAUGACCAGUAUAUGAACAGACUACGGCUCGAGAUCCGCUCUAUUGAUAAUGAAAAGGAACAGCUUGAUGCAGAACUUGAUGAAGUGUUGGAUGCCAUGGAUAAUGUUCGGAAUAGCUAUGAGGAAGAAAUAAACAAGCGGACUGGGAUGGAAUUCACCUUCACGGCUCUGAAAAAGGAUCUGGACAAUGGCUUCUUACACAAAACUGAACUGGAAGCAAAACUGAGUGGACUUCAGGCUUGGGUUGAGUUAAUGAAAAACAUCCAGGAACAGGAACUUGAAGAAGUGAUGUCACAGGUUAAGGAUGUUUCAGUUGUGCUGGGGAUCGACAACAACAGAUACAACCCUGAUCCACACAGGAUUGUGGAGGAUGUGAGAGCUCAGUAUGAAGCCCUGGCUAUCAGGAGCUGGGAAGAAUUAGAAGCGCUCACCAGAAGCAAGCUGAAUGAAAGAGAGGUGCUUUCAGUUAAGUAUGGGGACCAUCUUCUUCAUGACCGGAGAGCAAUUGCAGAGUUAAACAUACAGAUCCAGAAAAUGAGGUCUUGCAUUUUGUCCUUAAAAAGUCAGUGUCUGCGUCUGGAGGACAACAUCAAAGAUGUUGGCUUGCAAGGAGAAACUGCCCUCAAUGAUGCUAAAGCAAAACUGGCCAAACUGGAGGAAGCCCUUCAUAAUGCUAAGCAGGACUUGGCUCAGCUGGUUAAACAAUAUCAAGAGCUGAUGAACAUCAAACUGGCCUUGGACAUUGAGAUUCUCACCUAUAGGAAGCUGAUGGAAGGUGAAGAGAUCAGCAUGGAGUCCCCAUCACCUGCAGUUAUUAGCAGAAUCUAUUCCACUCCAAAGCUCUCUUCACCAAAUUUCAGCAGCACACCCAGCCCAUAUUCAACAGACAAGAUGAGCCACAGUAGAAGCAGUUUGGAAAGUGGACUUUCCAGAUGUCAGAGUGGUGGAACUGGGGUGGUUUCAGGAGGUGAUUUGUCUAGAAGCCAUAGCAGUAGAAGUGUGGGUACUGCAGAUGGUAGCCUUUCUAGAAGCCAUAGCAGUAUGAGUAGCAGUGUCUCAGAGGCAUUUAGAAGUGCCAGCCACAGAGAUACCCUGGAGAGUCGUUCUUCCAGAAGCACUAGCAAUAAAAGUGGAAAUUUUGCAGAUAUUGAAGAUACCAUAGAGAGCAGAGUUUCUAGAAGUCACAGCCAUGGGAGUGGUAGUUACAAAACUCAUAGCAACAAGAGUGGGGAUAAUCUAGAAGACAGACUUUCUGUAAGCCCAAAUAGUGGAAAUAGAGGCAUCUCAGAGAGUUGUCUUUCUAGAAGCCAAAGCAACAGAAGUGGAGGUCUGACUGACAGUGUAUUUACCAGAACCAACAGUGGUACAAGUGAUGGUGCACAAGAGAGCAACUAUUCAAGGAGCCAAAGCCACAGAAGUGUAGGAUGUUCACCCUCCAGUUUUUCCAAAAGCCCAAGUGGAGAAAGUAAUAUUGUUCCUGGAACUACCCAUACUAGAGACUUCAGCUCUGAAAGCAGCAAUGUUCCACAGGGCAAUGCUUCUAGGAGCCAAAGCAACAGAGGCAAGGACAAAUCAGACAACAGUCUUUCUAGAAUUCACAGUGGUGGAAGUGAGGCUAUCUCAGAGGGAAGUUUUUUUGGAAGCAAUAGCGGUAGCAGUACAUCCUAUGUAGAAGGUGGUCUUUCUAGAAGCCAGAGUGAUGAAAAUGACAUUCGUGGCAGUGAAGAUUAUGCUGAGCCUACUGUUUCCAGAUCCAGAAGUACUGAAGAUGGUGGAGUCCCAGUGGGUAGUAUUUCUAGAAAUCAAUCUGGGAUAAGCAGGGACAUGUCUACAGAGGGACAUCUUUCUAGAAGCCAGAGUGAUAAAAAUGAGUCUCAUGCCAAUCAUAGAAGUGGAUCAUAUACUGAUUCUGUUGUUUCCCAAACCAGAAGUGCCGAAGAUGGUGGGGUUCCAGUGGGUGGCAUUUCUAGAAGUAAAAGGUCAGUAGAAGGCAGCCUUUCUAGAUGUCAGAAAGAAGAAAAUAAAUUUUGUGGCACUGAGACUGUUGUUUCCAGAGUCAGUAGUAUUGAAGGUGUUUCUAGAAGUCAUAGCAUUGAAAGUAGGGGAGCCUCACAAGGGAGCAGUUUUAGGACACCUAGUAUCAGAAGUGUAGACCUAACAGACAGUGUUUUUAUGAGAACUUCAAGCAGUGCUGAGCAAGAGGUUCAAAAGGAACCAAGAUCAAAAAUUCGCAGUGUGGCAAGUGAAAGUAGUGAGAGUAGCUUUUCUAGAAGUCAAAGCAACAAAAGCAGAAACUUUGCAGAAAGUGUUUUAGCUAGAGCUCACAGUGGUACAAGUGAAGAUCGCCUUUCUAAAAGCCCAAAUGAUGACAGUCAUGACUUCAUAGAAGCUACAUCUCCUAGAAGUCAUAGUCAUGGAAGUGGAGGAUUUGCAGAAUCAUCUGUUUCUACAACUCCUAGGGAGGAAAGCAGAAGAGUCUCAGAAAGUGCCAUGUCCAGAAGUCCCAGGGCUGGAAGUAAAGACAUCUCAGAAGACAGUCUUUCCAGAAGCCAAAGUAGCAGAAGUGGAGGAUUUGUAAGAGGCAAUAGCAAUAAAAGCAAAGAAAGUGAUAGCAAUGUAAGCGGGAGAUAUGUAGAUGAAAAAAGUCAUAGAGAGGCAGAUGUUCUAGAGUCUUGUCUUUCCAGAAGUAGAGGUAUAUCAGCAGGUCACUUUUCUAGGACUCAGAGUGAUGAGAGUGAAGGCCCUGUGGAAACAUCUACUCCCAUUUCCCUCCACAAAAGAAAUGAAGGCACUAUGGAACAUAGCCUUUCUAGAAGCCACAGUGGAGACAGCGAGAGCUUUAAAGCCACUGGGGUCUCUAGAAGUGCCAGUGAAAUAAGCAGAGUUGCUUCAGAGGUUAGUCCUUCUAGAAGCAGUAGCAAGGAUAAUGAAAGUUCUCCAGGGGGCCCACUUUCUAGAAACUACAGCUAUAGAUGCGCAGCUGAAUCACACCCUUGUAUGUCUAGAACAGAAAGUGAUAUGUCUGAAGCUGUUCCCGAAGGUAGCUUUUGCAGAAGCUAUAGCUCAGGAAGUGAAAAGCCAUCAGAAACUGGAAGCCAGAGUAGUGAGAGGGGAACUAUUUCGGAUGCUGGUCUCUCAACAAGCUACAGCAGCAGCAGUGGAGGGGCUUCCAUGAACAAUCCCUAUGUAAGCUACAGUGGAGAACCAGAGGGAAGUUGUCAAUUUGAGGAUGUCUCACAUUUGCACAUUGCUACGGAUGAAGAUGUUUUGCAUAGUGGUGAAACUGGAGAUCUAGUGGAGAGAAGCCAGAGUGGUGAGGCAGCAACUCCAAAGCCUGUCUGCAUGGUUUAUGAAUUUUCUUCAGAUGAGGAUCACCAUCCUCCAUCUGGUGAACUAUGCUACUAUGUUGAGACCAGCUCCAUUGAGUAGAGUGUCCCAUGUACACAUCAAUGAGAUCAAAAUAACUUCUUAUAGAAUUCCCUCUCCAUCCAUAGGAUCAUAGACCAUAGAUAGGUGUCCACAUUCAACCUUCUAUUAGCAAGGUUAACAGUUGGAAGCAGGACUUUUUGCAGACUUGAAUAUGGCAAUGGAACCUUCUUUGUCAUGAUUUGUGGGAUCAAGCACAGAGGAUAACUUCAGUCCUUCUGAUAGUAUACUCUAUAGUAGUGAAUACUAAUAGUAUAACUAUUGGUAUGUUACAGGGAUUAAUUGCAAGAAAACAUAAGCUAACAGCAUAGUCUUUUGACCAGUAUUAUAAAAAGGAUAUUUUUCUUUUUAUCCAGCCUUUUAAUAUGCAGAUAAUUCAAGGCUUUCUUCUUAGGGAAAGCAAGUGGUGUGAUCCUCUAUAAAGGAUUAUUUUUGUGGUAUGAGUUAAUAGGUGUAUCAUUUUGCCUGUCUACCUGAAUUAAGAAAACUGAUGGUGUUGUGUAUACUUUUUUCCUAGAAUAUUAUAGCCAUAGGUGAAAGGUGUUAUUACUUUCAAAGGCUGAUGAGUCCAACAUUCAGGAUCUAAGACUUAG